CGUGUGUCCUCCAGCAGCUGAUUUGCAUAUCCUGUUUCAGUGAGUCAGACUACCAGGAGAGGAGGCUAGCAUAGAUGCUCGGACUGCUGGACGCAAACAAAAGAAAGAACAGGAUAAAGGCAGAUUUCCUCUGAUGGACGGGUUUGCAGGAGACAUGCUGAGCGGCGGUCGGGCUCUCCUCGGGGAGGACAGCUCGGUGAUGGCUCGCAUGCAGAAGAAGUUCUGGAAGACGAAGCAGGUCUUCAUCAAGGCCACGGGGAAGAAGGAGGACGAGUACGUGGUGGCCUCGGACGCUGAUCUGGACGCAAAGCUGGAGUUCUUCCGCUCGGUUCAGUGCACAUGCACGGAGCUGCUGAAGGUGAUCGAGAAGUACCAGCUCAGGAUCACACGCCUCUCCCAGGAGGAGAACGAGCUCGGCCUGUUCCUGCGUUUCCAGGCUGAACACAACCGCUCAAAGGCUGGCAACAUGAUGGACGCCACCAGCAAAGCCUUGUGUGCAUCAGCCAAGCAGAGGAUGGCUCUUUGCACCCCGCUCCACCGUCUGCACCAAGAAGUGGAGACGUUCCGGCGGCGUGCCAUCGCGGACACGCUGCUGACGGUCACGCGCAUGGAGAAGUCUCGCACCGAGUACAGAGGAGCUCUGCUCUGGAUGAAGGACGUCUCCCAGGAGCUGGACCCGGACACCUACAAGCAGCUGGAGAAGUUCCGCAAGGUUCAAGCCCAGGUCAGAGGGACCAAGGGUCAGUUUGAGAAGCUGAAGAACGACGUGUGUCAGAAGGUGGACAUGUUGGGGGCGAGCCGCUGCAACAUGCUGUCACACUCCCUCUGCACCUACCAGACCACUCUGCUGCAGUUCUGGGAGAAAACAGCCAGUGCAAUGUCGGGGAUCCACGUGGCCUUCCAAGGACAUGUGUCAUACCAGUUCACCACGCUUAAGGACCUUAGAGACCCCCUGGAGGAAAUCACAGAGCUACAGAAAAAGGAGGAGAAGAAGGAGAAGUCUAUACAGAGCAACACAGACAGUCUGGUGUCCUUGGAUGACGACAAGCCAUCAGAAAGUGCCUCUGACGCAGACCCGGCCCACAGCAGUGACAGACAGAGCCAAACCAGAGGCAGUGUGCACCCAAACCCCCCCAAACCCCCCACUCCAGCCCUGCACGACCUCAGAGGACUCUCCACCAGCUCUGACGACGACCUCUUGCUCAUGGCUUGUGAUCUGCCUGCUGCCUCGGCCUCAGCCUCAGCCUACGUCCCUCUCCAGCCUCAGGGUGGGGACCUCAAUCAGCCCUGGGGCUUUGAGGGCCUGCAGUUCGGCCUCUCACAGCAGCCUGCCACCGGUGAUCUGCUCCCUCUCUCCAUGACAGGCCUGCGACCAGAGGAGGAAGAGUCUGAAAGGAGCGACAUGGCUUUCCUCAAAGACCUCCUCAGCCCGGGCCCCGGGGCCAGCGACGAGUUCAGCCGAGAGUGGCAGGACGCUUUCGGGAUGUUCGACCCUCCCAGCGUCCCUCCAGCAGCCACAGCAGCAGCAGCAGCCAGCAGUGGACCGCCAGCCGGUCCAUCCUCCAACCCCCCAAGCCCCACAGGGUUCCUGCCGUCCCAGCUGCUGGACCACAGUAUGAGCUCUACAGGAUGGUCAACCCCUCCUAUGUUCCAAGCCCCGCCCUUGCAGCCGCCUCCAGGUCCGAACCAAUCAGCUACGCCCGCUCCAAGUUCAGCAGCUGGCCCCGCAGUUGCUCCAGCCGGAUCCAAGGACAUGUCCGCCUGGUUCAACCUGUUCGCUGACCUGGACCCUCUCUCUAACCCUGACGCCAUCGGACGCUCUGCAGACGAGCUGCUCAACGCCUAAUGCCCUAUGAGUGUGUGUGUGUGUGUGUGUGUGCGUGAGUGUGUCAAGAUUCUGGAUGUCAAGUAUUUAUGUCAACGACCAAGUAAUACAAAGUUACACACACACAGAUGUUGAUACACACACAAGAAUGCAUUUCAGUCAGCAGGAGGGGUGUGUGUACAUAUCCACCCUUGCAAAUACACACUCACUGUAAGAAGCUCUUUCACACUUGAACAGGAAACACUCUCCAUCGCCCUCCUAACAGACUGUUAACUCUACAUGUGAAGCCCUCUGGUGGUUUGAUCCCUUUGAUCAGCUUCUCUCAUGUCGAGGGAACGUUUCCAUCACUGGUUUUGUGUUUGUGUUUUUUGUGUUUCAUUCAUGUUUGCUUGUGCGUGUGUGUGUGUGUGUGUGUGUUGGUUUGCUGUGUGUGCACACAGGAGGGGACCCAGGAUGUGAAAACAAUGUAUUUAGUGUUGUCUGUUCAUGGAAGCACAUGAUUGUUAACAUAUGAAUGAGUAUAUGUGUGGGCCUGUCACUGAGCCUGUAUAUUUGCACACUACAGUGGAUGAAGUUGCGUCCUCCAAAAUGUCAUGCUUAUUAUUAUUAUCAUUUCUUAACUCUGAUUUCUGUCAAUCUAAAGGGAAACUAGUGCUGCAGCUGGAGUCACAUCACAGACACACAGCCCAGCCGACUCCUCCACCUCUCACCCUAAUCUCGCUGAAUGUAGUGUGUGUAAAACAUAUGAUGAAGUCAUCACACACACGUGUUGUCACCACAAUCUCAAGUCCAACGCCAAGGAACAUGCGCGAAGGAUGAGGCUUUUAUUUGAAGGUCGGACACUGAAUUUAGAUUAUAUUCUCAUGUGGAUGGAUUAUUCAAAUCCUGUUAAUCUGCAAGGCUGCAUCCAAAUGUAUUUAUUUUCAGAUUAUAUUAUUACUAGCUACUAUACUACUGCUUAUGUUUUGUCGUGCGGCACACUGAAACGUUACACUGUAAGAUAUUGUCUAUUUUUGGCUGUGGUGCAUUUUGAAAACUGGGAAAUAUCAACACUGGAAAACUGUUACUGCGUCACAUAAUGGAUUUUCUCUUGGGUUUUAACUCCUUUGAAGGGAGAUCAACCCAGACUGACAUCCCUGAAUGUUUGUUCAGGUUACAGAUGUGUAGUGAAGAGUUUUAUGGAUGGUGUAUGCAAGUUUUUGAGACGUGAUGCAGAAACCAAAUCAUCUAUUUUGACAUCUGUGAGUGCAUUAUGGGAAAAUGUCAUGUUUGUGGGUCGGAUGAUUCAAAAAGUUUUUAUACAAGCUGCACAUAUUAUCAUAUUAUUAUCUUUUGAGGGAGUUUGAAAAUAUUACACACACCAUCUAUCAUUUAAAUGUUUGUUUCUUGUUUUUAAUGUGACACUAAGACUUUUAUUUUGAAGGAAUGAACCCCUGAUUCCAGCGCAGUGGUAACAAGGGAAGCUGUAACCAUGUAUUAUACUGUUUACUCUUUAUUUACACACUUUAAAAAAAGAGAAAAAGAAUGUAUCUGAAGUCAAUCACAAACGCUUUAUUUAAUUCAACUAUGCCUUUUUAUUUCACUCAAGGGGUUUAACAGAUGAAAACUUGGCAGUUCUGUUUCCAAUAAACUGGACAAGCAAACAAAGA